GAUCGCUGUACCGUACAAAGACCUCAUUCGCGUACUCUAGCUAGACUCGAUUGGUAAAGGUUCGACAUUCGUACUAGCAAAAAUCGACGACGACAUAGACGCCCGGAUACGCAGGACGAUCUGGCCCGGAGCCUCUUCCUGAAAUAGUCAUCAUCUGCGGGUCGAAGUCGAGUCUCUCGAACCAGGUCUAGGUCGUAACGAUCUACCCGAUCGACCUAGCAUGGACCGGUCUCCUACCAAUCCCGAGAGUCGUUCGUUUCCACCUUACCACCGAGAUGGAGAUGGCGCCGAGAUUGAAGGACCGGCCAAUCCAUAUCAUAGGACAAGCAUGCGAGAUGACGAUGACGAGGGUGCGACGGAGUAUAGAGCAUCUCGUCGUCGCGAUGAUGUGCAGUACGGCCAGUACAGAGGUCAAGGAGGAGGUCAAGGAGGAGGAGGAGGAGGAGGUUCGCCUUCAAGGCCUUCAACCGUUUUGAAUUUCGCGUCGCCUUCCUCGCCUCACAACAACGUCGACGACGACGUCUCGAUGUCGCUACAAUCGUCCUCGAUGCUCUCGACGUCCAACAAUAACACCAACAACAAUCUUCAACAUCUUAGCGAUCACUACUACCAUAGAAACGAUAGCUACAUCAAGCCAGCUGCAUCCUCAGCGUCGCAUUCUUACACCCGACCCGAUCGUGUGCCAUCCCGUUUGCGAAGUUUUCCUUCAUCUACGUCCACUACGUCAUCAUCUCAACCGGGACCCGUUUCUUCUCCGCCUCACUCGACAUCGCCUUUCCCGACCAUCGGACAAUCACCUGAUCUGGGUAGAUGGAUUCCACCUCCCCCGACGGAUCGACAACACGGUCCAUUACCUCCUUUGACGUUGAUGAACCCGCUCAGGAGAGAAUCGAUCGACGGCUUCGCGACAGGAUCGACCCCCGGCCAACUACCAUUAUCCGCUCUCGGAUCGCAACAUUUCAACAGACAUUCACCCCCGCCUCCACCGGCAUCAGGACUCUCAUUGAUUCCUCACACAUCGGGAUUGUUUCUCCCUCCAAACCCUUACCCGACAUCGAUCUACCCUCAACCGCGACGACACGGCGACAUGAUGCAUGGCAACGCUAUCAGCAUGUUUCCUAUGGCACCCCCAGUGCUCGAAUCUGCCGCUUCGACAUCGGCUGAGCCUGGACCGGGACCAAAAUCGUCGCGAAGAGGCAGUUCAACGGCAGCACCUGCGGGUUCGAGGAUGGUCGACGGUGGGUCGCGUCGGCAAGCGGACGGCCACGAGGAUGGCAUCUCGGGACCGGAUAUCAUCAGUACAGGACCCUUAGGGCGGGAGGGAUGGCAGUUGAGCGUGGUACAGCAGCCAGAGAGGGCGAGGUUAUGUUCCUUCAAGGAGGAAAACGAGACGAUCGACAGACGGCCGGUCGAUCCACCGCCCGUCGUCAAGCUGACCCGAUCAGGACAGAGCAUAGAGUGAGUUCCCUGACACUCUCAGGUUUCGGAGUCAAACUGCCAUCUGAUC